CGUAAACAAACUCUGCGGUUUGUCUUCACUGGGGUGCACAGAGCAACCGGUUCUUUUGAUCGAUUAACGAACUGUGAAUACGAUGGCACCCAAUAUAAAGGAGGAUGAAUCCUGGAAAGUGUCAGGAAUUUCAAGAACUUAUCCGAGCUACCGACAGUAUCAUCCCAUCACAAGUGAAAGUUGGCUGGAGGGCAAACAUGCUGAUGACGAGGCCGAAGGUCUUUGGCGCAUUAACGACAAGCUCUACGACUUGAGCGACUUUGCUUCGCGCCAUCCGGGCGGCAUCUUUUGGAUCGAGUGCACCAGAGGCACGGAUAUCACGGAACCUUUCGAGUCGCAUCACAUCGAGAAUCGAGCUCGAGAAAUGCUUAGUAAAUUUGAAGUGCGACAGGCGGCAAAGCCCCGAAACUACAAGUUUACGCUUAAAGAAAAUGGUUUCUACAUGACCCUGAAGCGGAGAGUGCGAGAAAAGCUGAGAAUGAUUGAGUACUCUCCCACCAAGAAAACAGAGUUUCUCCAUCUGGGCAUCCUGGUGUCCGUGUUCCUCUUCAGCUGGGCAGGGACAGUACUGAACUCCCUAAUUUUCAAGAGUCUCGCGGGUUUGGCCCUUUGUUGGGUAGCCACCUCCACCCACAAUUACUUUCAUCAGCGAGAUAGUUGGCGGAUGUACACUUUUAAUCUGACCAUGAUGAACUUCCGGAGCUGGCGGGUAUCGCAUGCCCUAUCACACCAUGUCUAUGCGAAUUCGCUGCACGAUCUGGAGAUGUCGAUGUUUGAGCCGUUUUUGUGCUGGAUUCCCGAUUGCCAUUAUGCCAGUAAAACGCAACGAUGGAUCUCCGUGGUUAUCUCCCCUGUGGUAUAUUUGGUUUUGUUUCAAGGACAGAUUCUGAUUCGCUUGGUUCUCUCUUUGACAAAAAGAAACCUCAUGUACUGGGAUGACCUUAUUGGUCUGAGCCUACCAAUGUUUCUAUAUGUCUUCACUGGCGCUGGCUUAUUAGAAACUCUCGUUAGCUGGCAAAUAAUCGUAGCCGUGGGAAGCUUUAUAUUUGGGCUUGUUGGCCUCACAGCAGCCCAUCAUGAUCCUCGUAUUUUGCACGAUGGCGAUGCCCAACGCCAGGACAUCGAUUGGGGUCUUUAUCAAGUAGAUACUAUCAUCGAUCGUGGCGAUAUUAAGUGGUCGGAUCUCUUGGUUCUAACCCACUUUGGCGAACAUGCCCUACAUCAUCUUUUUCCCACCCUGGAUCACGGAGUUCUUAAACACCUCUAUCCUGAGUUGAAGAAAACGAUGAAAGAGUUCGAUGUGGAACUGAGGGAGAUCAAUCACUGGGGCCACAUCAAGGGGCAGAAUCAGCAAUUGCUGAGGAUAAAAAAGAAUCCUGUGCCACCGGGUAUUAAAAAGGUCAUGUAGAGUGGGGUUGGGAAGCAUGUGAAAAAGUUGAUAUUUGUAAAUAUUAAAAUAAACUAAUGUUGGGGGAAUUAGAUCUUACGAUUCUUAGCAAAUCAUUAAAUGCAAGGGUGAAUUGUAAAAUUAGCUUUAAUGUUUCUAUUCUUACUCAUAUAUUAGUAUGUAUUAAACUAUAUUAACAGAAUGUGCUCUUAUCAAAAA